UCUCCAUUGAAUGCAACUAUCAGUGCCCUUAUACUCUAUAGAGGAGAGACUAUUCAAUGAGGGAGCAGCGCGUGCGGUUUUGGUGGGUGCAGGCGCUCCUGCUGCUCACAGGAGUUGGACUGAGGGUCGUGUGUCUGCGGAACGGUCUGGCCCUCACCCCGCCUAUGGGUUGGCUACAUUGGGAGAGAUUCUUGUGCGAGACGGACUGUGAUACGUAUCCGAACAGUUGUAUAAGUGAGAAACUCUUCAUGGAGAUGGCUGAUGCAAUGGUGAACCAGGGCUGGCUGGAAGCUGGGUAUCACUACUUGUGCAUUGAUGACUGCUGGCUUUCAAAAGAACGAGAUUCAGAUAACAGACUGCAAGCUGACCCAAAAAGGUUUCCUGGUGGCAUCAAGAAUCUGGCUGACUAUGUUCAUGCCCGUGGUCUCCGGUUUGGUAUAUACCAGGACGUUGGGAAGCUCACGUGUGCUGGGUAUCCUGGCAGCAUGGGGUUUUAUGAGCUAGAUGCACAGACCUUUGCUGACUGGGGUGUUGAUCUGCUUAAAUUUGAUGGAUGCUACUUUGACAGUAUAAAUCAGCUGGAGGAAGGGUACCGCCGAAUGUCAAUGGCUUUGAACAACACAGGCAGAGCAAUUGUAUACUCAUGUGAGUGGCCCCUGUAUAGCAGACCCUUUAAGAAGGUAAAUUAUACAGAGGUUGCUGAAUACUGCAAUUCCUGGAGAAAUUUUGUAGACAUUGCUGACUCUUGGUCCAGUGUUUCUUCUGUGCUGGACUUGGUUUCUGCUUCACAAGAUGAAUUUGUUUCUGCAGCUGGGCCAGGGGCCUGGAAUGAUCCUGACAUGCUGGUUAUCGGUAACUUUGGUCUGAGCUGGGACCAGCAGGUCACCCAAAUGGCUUUGUGGGCCAUCAUGGCUGCCCCACUGUUUAUGUCUAAUGAUUUGCGAGAAAUCAGCUCUAAGUCCAAAGAACUUCUUCAGAACAGAGAAGUUAUUGCAAUCAAUCAGGAUCCACUUGGUUCACAAGGAUACAGAAAGCUCAAGGUUGAUAACUUUGAACUAUGGGAAAGGCAUCUCAAAGGAGGAUCUGUAGCUGUGGCAAUAAUUAAUCGCCAGGAGAUAGGUGGUCCCAGGCCAUUUUACAUGUUGUUAUCCAUUCUGAGAAAAGGGACAGUUUGUGUACAGCAAUGCUUUGUAACCCGUCUUCUGCCCUCACGACAUGAGUAUGGGUUUCUGAAUUCUACCUCGUUACUUGUCAAUUGGGUAAAUCCUUCAGGAACUGUGCUCCUGCGUGUGGACUAAGAACAUACCCAAUCACUGCCUCUGCAAUAGCGAUAGAGAAUCCAGAGACUGUAAUACUUCACCAAUGCAGCAAGACAUAAGCCGCAUCUCAUCAGUAUCCUGGAAUCACUGGGGCAUACAUUUAUAAAGGAAGAGAUUUUGGGGCAUACAUUUAUAAAGGAAGAGAUUUUGGGGCAUACAUUUAUAAAGGAAGAGAUUUUGGGGCAUACAUUUCUAAAGGAAGAGAUUUUUUAAAAAAAUAUUUGGGUUAGACCUUUGUAUAUUUUACUGAGAUAUACUUUUGAGGAUUUUCACAAACAAAACAUGGAAACAAACUGAGCAAAAGUAAAACUUCUUUUGAAAAAACAAAA